AUAAAUUUGAUACAAAAGUUCUUGAUACACUCUUACCUGCUAUAAAUAUAAUAAUUGUAAUCAGUAAUUCUUCUAAACUUGUUGAUGUUAAAGUGCUACUGAAAAUAGAUUUUGGCAAAGUCGAGAUUUUGGCAAAGUCAAAAUUUUGGCAAAGUCAGGAUUUUGGCAAAGUUAGAAUUUUGUCAAAGUCAGAAUUUUGCCAAAGUCGAGAUUUUGGUGAAGUUGGAAUUCGUGAGGUUGGAAUUUUGAUAAAGUUAGAAUUUUGUCAAAGUUAG